UAAAGUAUAGUUGAAAUUAUUUAAUAUAUAUAAUAUUUUUGAAAUUAUUUUACAACAAAUAUGCACGGUUUACCUAAACUCUUAGGUUUAGAUUUUGGAAAAAAAAACCAACAACAUCAUGUUUCACAUUGUUUUGGAUUUAAAAACGGAUAUCGGAUUCCAAAUGCUGCUGUUAGCAUCGCUGAGAAACAUUCAAAAAAUAGUUCUUCAGUUUUAAAAAAAACGAACGAAGAUUCUAUAUUGUUUGAUCCAGUUUUGACUUAUGGACACGUAAAGAAAACUGAAGUGGCACCAUUUAAACCACAUUUUGUUUUGUAUGAUAAAAAAUCACUAAAAUUUAACGCUUUUUUUAAACAAGAAAGCAAUCACACUAAAAAUGACCAUUUUCGCACUCGCUUUGCAAACAUAUUUUAUUUUCUGGAAGACGAUACAAUUGUAGUCAUAGAACCAGAGAUAGAUAAUUGUGGAUUUCCUCAAGGAAAAUUAGUUCGUCGUGGAAAAAUUAUCAAAAAUAAAAGAAGUCAAUUUUAUACUUGGAAAGAUUUUAAUAUUGGAAUCGAUCUUGAAAUACAAGGAAUUGUAUUUCACAUAGUUGACUGCGAUAAGUACACAAAAGAUUUUUUGUUGAGUAACGGAAUAGAACUCAAUGCCACUGAAUGUUUACCAUAUGAUUUACUAGGUGCAUCACAGAAAAUCGAAACUUCUAUGAACUUCAAAUGUAUGACCAAAAACGAUAAGCUAAACCGUUAUUUGAAAUUUCAGGGAAAAGUUUUACAUUUUGAUUGCGUCCUAAAAGAGUCAGGUAAUCCCACUGAUAAAUUAAUGACUUACAAGCUUUACUAUUAUUUGGAAGAUGAUACGGUUGCUAUAAAAGAACUAAAAGAGAAUCGAGAAGGCCGGUAUCACUUUCCCAUGUUGUUGAGACGUCAAAAACUUCCAAAAUGCGGUGAAAAUCAGCCAUCCGAGUUCCCAUCCAUAUUUAUGGAAAAAACUGCAGGACAAUUGGAAAGCUUUUAUGCGCCAUGUGACUUGAAAAUCGGGGAAACAGUUAAUGUGUAUGGACGAAAGUUUCUUCUACUUGACUGCGACAUAUUUACAAGAAAGUAUUAUGAAUUCAUAAUGAAACCACCAAUGCCUCAACCUGAGAGACUUACACUUAUAUCUCCGAAAAAACACAAACCAAAAAGUUGUCUACCACCUUAUUUAGGAUUGGGGACACCACAAGACUCUUUAGCUUCGUGUUACAAUUUAAUUCCGAAAUCACCACGAAAAGACAUCAUUAACAGUCUAGCUAAUCAAAAUAAAUAUUUGCGUUAUAGUUGUAUAAUGGAUUCGGAAUUCGAUCAACAACGUAGAUUCAUUUUGAUGUAUUCAUUAGCUGAUGACACAAUUCAGAUCAUAGAGUUACCAUCUGAAAAUUCAGGUAUUCAAGGUGGCAGAUUUUUGUGUCCUACAAAGUUAAUCAAACCAGACUCGAACCCUGACGAUCCAAUUUAUUAUUCAGCUGCUGAUUUUUACAUUGGUGCGACUAUUCAUGUUUUUUCUCAUCGUUUUACAAUAACAAAUGCAGAUCUCUAUGUUUAUAAUUAUAUGCAAAGCUUUCCGGAAAGGUUUAGUUUAAAAAAUAUCGAGAGCGUUAGAAACAAUUUGAUAUUACAAGGUUAUUUAAAAGGUCCUAAUGAAAUAAAUGAGGAAAAUGUUACAAAACCAAAGUCCAUGUUGGAAAACCUUCAAAACUUAAACAUUGAGCCUGAAGGAGUGGAUGAUUGCUCAGCCAUAAAUAAGAACAGUUUACAAUCAGACGAAGAGAAUAAAAAUGACCAUUAUCAUGAAACACGUAAUAUACAACUGUCAAAUACUUCUUUUGAAACAAAAAAUGUACAUUUUAAUGAUGAAACACUUACUUUCUAAAAAUUUAACUCAAGUAAAAUAUACUUU